AAAUGUCACGUGACUUUUGCUUUACCACCUGCGCGACUCGACUGUCAACAUGAAUUUUUAUGGAUUACCGUACCUUAGAUAUUUUGUGUCGUGUGGUGGGGUUGUCACAGAAUAGACGUAUACUACAAGCUAAAUACGAGAUGGAGGAGGUUAUAUUAAGUGAAGAUAGUUGUAAGCUGUGAUUGAUCCACUACCAGUUUUAUCUAGCAUUACAGUAGACGACAUUAGAUGGACAUCACAUCAUGGUGUCCACACUACCGGUAACACUGAUGGAACAAAACAACGUAAAACAAUCCACUCACCUUAUCUGUGAUUGGUACAUAUUUUUAUGUGAAACAAUGGUUAAAAAAAGAUUAAUAAUAGAUUAAGCUAAUCUGGAUUACUAAUCACUGUGCUGUAGAUACAUGGAUCUGGUCUUCUCAUGUGGUCUGUAAAACCAGUAAAUGAAGUUAUUGUCAAUAUCAUAAUAGAAAUGAUCUUUUGACAUGUAUUCAUAGUAAAAUAAAGUGGCUCAUCAUCAUAGUGUUGUAGAAGUUAACACACAGAACAGACGAUAACAUUUAGUAUUGAAUAGUUGAAGUGUUAUCAUCGUGUCAUCAUUAUAGUGCCACAGACGGCAAGCAUAAAUUUUACCAUAAUAGCCUAGUGUGAUUUAACUAGAAGAGAAGUUAGAUAUACAGAAAACCAUGGAAUAUACCUUAAUUUAAUUCUAUAAUACUGGGAAAUUUUGUAAGGUCAACAAUGGCUUCGGAUAAUGUUUUAAAGAGAAUUAACAGAGAGUUGGAAGAAGGUUGUGAAGCGAAACUCUCAACAGAUGGUCGUUUAUAUUACACCAAUCACAAAACACAGUCAACAUCAUGGAUACCUCCAAAAGAAAACUGGGAUCCAAGCACUGGCUUACCAUAUGGGUGGGAAACUGGUGUGGAUAAAAAUGACAAGCCCUAUUUUAUCAACCAUGUUGAAAAAUACACAACGAGAGAAGAUCCUAGAGACGAAGCUGAUUAUAUUGAACCACCUAAACCUCGAGAAGUAGAACUUGUUCGGGAUCCAGAGAAAGGUUUUGGUUUUGUUGCUGGUAGUGAGAAACCUGUUGUUGUACGAUUUGUUACUGAUGGUGGGCCAAGCGUGGACAAAUUGUUACCUGGAGAUCUCAUACUCAAGAUCAAUGCAGAAGAAGUCAGAAAAGCACCGAGAGAAAAAGUAAUUGAAUUAGUCAGAGCGUGUAAACAAUCUAUUGUCCUUACAGUGUGUCAGCCAUACUCAGACAACUCCUCAAGAAAGUCAGCACUACUUACGGCUGCCAAGAAAGCAAAAUUAAAAAGCAAUCCUUCACGGGUUCGUUUUGCCGAAUCAGUCAUGGUAAAUGGUGCCCAUGUUUUAACUCCGUCCAUACAAGAGAGUUAUGUGCCUUUCAUGCCUAAUGUUUUAAAAGUUUUCCUAGAGAAUGGGCAAACCAAGUCUUUCAAAUAUGAUAACAAAACAACAGUUAAAGAUGUUGUUAUAUCACUACAUGAAAAGUUAAAUAUAUCAUGUACACAGCACUUUAGUUUGGUUUUACAAAAUAUGAAGAACAAUACAGCUGGUAAAAUGACUCUUUUACAAGAAGAUGAAACACUUAUAGAUAUUGCAGCAAGACCCGGAGCUCGUCAUUUUCGUUGCCUAUAUCGCGUUACUUUUGUACCAAGAGAUGCCUAUGAUUUGUUGAAAGAAGAUGCUAUAGCAUUUGAAUAUUUUUAUCUACAGUGCUGUAAUGAUAUUACCAAUGAAAGAUUUGCUUCAGAGUUAAAGUAUGAUACAGCUUUACGUCUAGCUGCCUUACAGAUACAACAACAUGCUAUGAGUAACAACAUGACUGGUAAAAUCUCUAUCAAAGCCAUUGAAAAAGAAUGUGGUUUAGAUAAAUUUGUGCCUCGUAGUUUAGUCGAUCAUAUGAAAGGCAAAGAUUUGCGUAAAAUGUUGAAUCAGUAUUUGAAACAGAAUCAAAGUUUAACUGCUCCUGGUCAAAAACAGUUAACAGCAUUACAGGCUAAACUACAUUAUAUGAAAAUAGUCAGUGAACUUAAAACAUUUGGUAGUAGAGUGUUUAUGGUCACAUUAUUAGACAAGAAAACUGAAGCUAUGGUGUUAGUUGGCCCUAAAUCUGGUGUUAGUGUAGUCACCAAUAUUAAAACUUACCAGAUGGGUUUAUUAGCUGAAUUUGAUCAAAUACAAUCUAUUAAAGUCACUAAAGAAGGAGAAAAUAUGCAGAGAGUAGACAUCAUUGCUAAACCAGAUAAAAUAUUUGGAGAACAAUGUAUAAGUUUAGGACUUUUAACAGAAGAUGCCCAGAAUUUUGUAUGUAUGGUAGCUGGUUAUUAUAGUAUAUUCGUUAAAAAUGAUACAACUAUUGUUGAACGAACUCUUGGUAAAAAUACUUCUGAUCCUGAUGUUUUAGCAUAUAGUAGUUUACAUCGGGUUAUACCAGCACCAUGGUCAUAUCCAGAAGAUUUAGUAUCAGAAGUUAUUCUACCAGAUGAUAAAGAAAGGGGAGAAAAGCUAGAUAAUGAACGAUUAGUUGAUUUGUCAAAACCUUUACCAGAAUAUGUUGAAAAUCAAGAAUUUGUAACCAAAAUAAGACUUAGUUUUAAGAAAUCAGAGGAAACGGAGCCACUUAUCACAAAUUCUGAUCAAGCAGAAGUAUCAUCGGUAUCUUCCUCUAAACUUAAUGGCAGUCUUUAUGAAGAAAGUGUUACAUCAUUUAGUGCCAAUACAAGUCAUGAUGAUAGUUCUGAUAAUAGUAGUCUAAAUACCUCCCUUGUUUCACACAAUAGUCCCUCAUUCAGGACUAUUGCAAGUAACUCUAGUCAACCAUUAAUAAAUGGCUCCAUAUCAAAUAAUAAUAAAAGCAAUUUGUCAUUUACAAAUGAUGCUACAUGUAUAGAAAAUACAAGCUUAGCUUUACGUUGUGAUGAAGCACCUUCAGAUACAGACAGUGGUUCUGGUAUAGAUAUAGAACGUAAACCUCUUCUACCUAAUUCUGGUCAUAUUCUUUCUAAUGGUGAUCUACGCAAUGGUAUUGAUGUUGAGAGUGAUGAUACAGAUAGUUGGGGUACACCACAAGAUAGUCCAGCUAAACCAAAAUAUGGACAAAUACCAAAUACUUUACCAAUAGAUGAUUAUCAUAGUUUUGGUCUCCAUAGUCCUGAUGUACCCCUAGGUACAGAUAUUAAUGUUGAAGAUUUUGCUGCAUCCAUGGGACUUCCAGUAUUGGACACGAUCACUCCAGAUGUCAAUAAUAUUUAUGAACCACAGGGUGUUUAUUUAGAUCCAGAUAUAAUAGAUCUAACAUUAAUCCCUCCACCAUUGUCAUCUGAUGAUGAAAGUAUGAUAGACUUUACUAUGUUAUCAUCAACAUCAUCUACUAGUAAAUUGAUGGGUACAGCAAGUAGUUUAUCUCUGCCAAAGAAAUUAGCAAAAUCGGCCAGUGUUGGCAAUUGUCCAGACUUUUUAGACAAUGAUAUUGAUGAACUUAUAGCACGAUUUACUGUACCGCCCCCACCAUCUGAAUCUGAUACAGAUAAUACAACAUCUUCAAAUACUACAAGUCAUCAAUGGACAGAUACUUCUUCACAUUUUUGUGAUUUUACAAAAUUAAUCAUUCCCCCACCUCCUAGUGUCAACACUCUAUCAGAAGAAAACAUUCCUAUUGUGCCUCCUGUUGAUGAGGCUAAACAGAAACGCAAAAUGUUUCGACAUAAACGUUCUUCGUCAAUAGACAUUGGUUCCUUACAGAAAGCUAAGGAAAUUCUAUAUGCCAAAACUCACUCUUUAGAUUCUAAACAAUCAACAGACGAAGUUCAACGAUCGACUGAUCCACCCGUAAAUUUUGGUGGUGAAUUUUAUCCUGUGACUGGAAGUGUAGCAGAAUCCCCAGCUACAGUUUCCGAUAAAUUAAACAAACUUUUACAUUCUCUUCCGCGUGUUGGGUCCUUCCAUGAUACAUUUGUCCGAACCGGUUCACUUAAACUAAGUCGUAGUUCAUCAUUGGACACUGUGGCAAAGAGUGGAACACCGCCACCUCCGUUUAUUCGCACCACUUCUCUACGAUCUGUUAAUAUAUUACAAGGAAUGCAACAGAGGAGUAACAGUUUAGAUAUAAAACCUAAAACACCGAAACAUGAUCAUCUACGACUUAUACCUAAAGCUCAUUCAUUUGACAGUGUUAAAAGCCAAUCAAACGAUUCAUCAUCAACUAUAGCUUCUAUAAAAGCACAGUUACAAUCAUGCAGAGACAUGUUAUUAAGCCGAUCAAAAAAAUCACCCAAAUCUGUCACCUCCGCUAAAAAUAGUGAUGACAGUAGUAGUAAUGUUGACUCGACACAAAGUGAUGAUAGCGGUACCAGUGAAAGUGUUUCUAGGAAAAGUUCAUUACGAAGAUCCAAUUCUUUUACUCAGUUAAUAGAUCAGUUGAGUAAACGUAAGAACAGUAAAUCAAGUAAUUCAUCAUCGAGUCCAGUUUUACUAUCUCAUACAUCUCUACCCCUUGAACAAGAUGGUGGUACAGCUAUAGCAGACACAGACAAGAAACAACCAUCAGUAUUGGGAACAUUAGCUUUACCCAAAACGUUACGUCUUGUAGCCAAUCCUUCUAGUACCGAGAAUAAAUCAAAAGGAAAUGGUCCUGUGAAAGCUAUGACAUCCGUGUAUGCUACUAAAGAAAAGAAAUCUGAUGGUAAAGUUUUCCCACCCCCCAAAAAAGAGGAGCAUUCUAAGAAAUCUAAGAAGACCGGUAGUAAAGAUGAUUCUCUUAUGUUACAAUCAGCUGGUAAAAUAAAAUGGAAGGCCAAUCCGUAUGCAACUAUCAAAAUGUGGAGGCCUAUCACCAUGACGACCAGUAUUACGUCCCAAGAUGACGUCUACCAAAAUUUCACCAAUUUUGAAAACUUGCGUGAAGUGGCAGCAAGUCUAGAAAAACCUGAAUCAGUAAUGCUUAAUACAGGUAAAAUUAUUGAUAAGGCUGUUAAAAGUAAAACCCCAUCGGAACCCUUAACUAUAGAUAUACCGGACAGUGCUAUCAUACUUAGCCGUAAUCGAUCUGUAUCGGAGAAUAGUUAUGAUGUCAUUAGCGAUACCGCUACAGAUACGGUGAAAGAUGUUCUAGCUAAAGUUUAUACUACACAAGAUUUUAACAGUGCAAAUAAUGACAUUGACCGUUUUUUGAUGGAGAUAAAACACACUCUCGAAUCUUUACAAAAUUCACGAAUUGACAAACACUAUACACAGUUUGAAUUCUGUAAAGAGGAACUUCUUACUCAAAUGAAACAAUUUGUUAAUGAUGCCAAAUUCUUUGUAAGCAGUGCAAAUAAUUCACCCGAAAAAUUAGCGCAUUAUUUAAACGAAGCCAUGCAUACACUCGCUAAAGUAUUUCUACAUAGUCAGUCAGUCAUGCUAAUGAUGGAAUCGGUUCAUAGUGCUCAACAUUUAGGUUUGGAAUUUAUUAAAGUCUCGCAUGCUUUUAAGAGCACUAUUAGUGCAGCAAGCGCUGCUGUAGGAAAACCUCUAGGUGAUCCACAUAUGAAAUAUUUAAUGCGGCAAGCAGCUAAUCUGGCUAGUCUUAUGAGUGUUUUAUUAAAAGGGUUAAGGUCAUUAAAAAGUAGUGGUGUUUAAUGUAAAGAGUUGUUUUUUUCUUGUAGUACUGUACACAACAAUGUAUUAAUGUGAUAUUACUUGUAAUCAUCUUUAUUCUGAUGUGUUCAAUUAUCAAAAUUAAUAUCCAAUUACAUUCUCAACAGAUUAUCUCAAAUUAUCGUAUUUUAUAUAUUUUACAUUUUAAUUAUUGGUCUAUAUUUACACGAUAUGACAUUUUGUUCUAAAAUUGGGUUAAAGUGACCCACCAUUUUAAGUUUCAGUUAUCCAUUUUAACUAAACACAGACUAUUCUACUUAGCUAUUUAUAUAUUUUCAAAUGGAGCCAUUGAUUGUUAUGGAUGUUUCAUUAUGGUAUAUGUAAUAUUUGUGAUUUAUACCCCCACCCCACCUGAAACACGUUGUUCUGUUCUAGACAUUAAAAUUGUUACUCUGUGUAUGUUGAUGGAUUGUACUAAAAGGUGAUAAAUAAGUCAUAAUCAUUUAACUUGCUAUCUUUAAUGUCUAUUACUUUAAGCUCAGGUUUAUCUGUUGCAUAAUGUGCUUUCUACUAUAUAACAAAAACUGUUGAUGAUAGGUAGAUAAUAUACACUACAUUCUUCCAUCAUUACUGUUAUAAUACAGGUGUGAUGAAUGUUAUAAAUUUUAAAAAAGAAGUAAGUACAAUAAAUUUUAAGGUCAGGAUUUUCUGUUAACUAUUCAUUUUAACUUUUGAAUGAUAUGGAUAUCUCUAUGUUAUUGACAUUUGUGAUAUUAUUAAGUAUGUUUAUGUAGAUGUGGAAAAAUAUAGAAUUACUUAAAGAUUUUAUUAAUGAAAUAAAGAUGCGAGUCAAUAUUCAAAAUCAGCAUUUAAUCAAAAAUGAUAUGUAUGUUAUUAUUGUAUAAAGUAUAGGUGAAAUAUUUGCAUAAUAAUGUGUGCAUCUGUGAUAUAAUAGAUAUUUAUAUAUAAAAACUAUUAAAAUAUAAUGUAUAUUCAUCACAUUUAAUUCAAUAUUAUUACCGGGUAUGCUAAAGGACUUUAAAGAUAUUGGAUGCUAAAUAUUAUCUGAAAACAAUAUUUAAUGUAUGAUUACGAUUAUUGAAAGAUUUAAUAUAUGUAACUGGUAUAUAUUUAAAAAUCAGCAUAUUAUAAAAUAUUUUAAAUAUUAUCAAUAAGUUUUAUUUCUGUAAAUAGGACAUAUUAUUAUAUAAUGUAUAGAUAGAUAUAUAGAAUGUAAAUAAAGAAAGCAUCAGGAUUUAAUACAUUACACAACCAAUAUCAAUGCAGAUCAAUAGGUUCAUUGAAGUAUAGUGGCUUCUUUUUCUUUGACAAUUUUUGGCAAUUAAAAUGAAACAAUCCCUAUGAUUAAAAGUAAAUUGAUUUUAAGACAUUUUAGAAAAUAUCACAGUUAUGGAUGAUAUUCUUAGUAAGGCAUCUUUAAACUAAUGUGGAUAUGUGAUAAAUAUGGGUAUUAUGUUAUACAUAGUUCAAAUAUCUGAACAAUGUCAAUGUCAUUUUAUGAUGAAAUCUUUUUCUACAGUUGGUUAAACAUUUACUAUUGAAGACAGAAAGAGGGAAGAAAGAGCAGUGUAACGAGAAUGAAACAUUUAAAUUAUAAUCAGUCUUGAUUUCCUUUUACAUCUCGGACUAAAUCUGUUAUAAUUAUGUUUAUGAAAUAUAACUCCUGAUGAUACACAUGUUCAGGGCCGGCGGAAGCAAUUCUUGAUUGGGGGGGCUUCCAACCUAGGUCCUUAUAGGCAAGGGUCCAGGGGCCGCAAUAACCUGGAGAAAAGAGUACUUGCGGCCAAAUUAUUGGGGGGGCUAAAGCCUCCCCUAUCCCCCCCACUCCGCUGGGCCUGAUGUUUACUGUUUUUUAAGAGUAAAAUGAUUUCACUGUUCACAGCAGGCCCAUAGACAAUUUCAAAAUGAGGUCUGCAGGAGUCGAAAUGGAUAGUUGUCUAUGUCGAAAGUUGUUGAUAUUAUUGAAGAAGUCAUUCCUACACGUAGCUUGCACAGACCCUAUUAUUGUCAGUAGUCUUAAUAUUGUUAUUAUACAAUAUAAAUUUGCAAAUUAUAAUUUACAUGGUAUACAAUUUUGGAUUUAUCUGCAUGUACUGUUAACAAGAUAAAAUAUCAUAUAUAUUUAUCUUACAAAUCUUCAAUCUAUGUAAUAAAUAAAUAUAUAUAUAUAUAUGUAUCCAAAAUAUAUUAGCACAACUGUAAAGUUGCACUACUUUGUUUCAUGAUAAACUAUAAAAAGAUAAAAGGUAUGCCGACAAAAACUGAUUACAACACUGGUUUAAUAAUAUUUUAUAUAUUAUCUAAUUCAUUUGUCUCAAUUGACCCAAUAGACUGAUAUUAUUACUCUGUUCAGUUAACUAAAUGCCACUUAAAGUUUAUUUAGUCAUAAGAUACACAAUGUAGUUCUUUCCAGUUUGCCCAAAUAAUUAAAAUGUAUAUUAUUAUUAAUUGAUUAGUUAUGUAUUAUGUUGAAAUGAAUCAUCAUAAUUAUUAAAUAUGAUCUAUCAAAUCUAUAUAAAUAUAUUUAUCUAUAUGUAUUCUGCGUUGUUUCUGCUAACAACGUUCAUCAAAUA